AAAGGCGCGCAUAUUCGAAGGAGACAUUUUCUUGACGAAUUCAUCGCGUGCACACGAUUUAAGGCUUCUCGAAGCUGUGUAAAAUGGUACGAACGAAAGCGGACAGUGCAGGAAGGAAAGCUGUUGGUGCCAAAGCUCCUCGUAAACAAUUUUGUGCUUCAUCAUCAUCUGUUGGUUCACCAAACAACUCAGGAGGAGGCAAGAACAAGAACAGUGGAGGAAAUCCUGUCAAGUGGUGGCCAUCCCCCAAAUGGCAAAAAGGCAUUGGACAGUUCUUUCCUAAAGAUGGUGCAAGUAAUGAAGAUUCCACUGAAAAACCACAGGUAACAGAUGCAAACGGUCAGCCAGGGACCUCCUCUGAAGAAUUGGGAAUGGAAGGAGUUAAUCCAAUUGAUGAAGACUGAGCAUCAAUCCAUAUUAUCAUUUAUAACAUUUCAUUCAUUCUUCAUUUUUUUAACAGUUUCAGGAGUGUCUAACUAGCUACAUCCAUCAACUGAUAUUUUUUUGACAACUUAAAUUAAGGGAUAUAUUAGUAUACUGUGACCAGUCUAGGAAGGUUAUGAAGUUUAGUCUUUUGACCCCGAGUAUUCCUUUUAUUUUUUACUCUCUCAAAGCAUCAUAUGUCACACAAAAAUAUCAGAUGUGUUUACCCAUUCAUUGUUUCUUAUGUACUCAAUUCACUCAAAGACUUCAAAUAUUUUGCAUAGAAUUGGCAUGUAGUUUUAACUGUUCAGUAGUAUAAUUUGCCAUCUCAAAAGUAGUACUGUCAAAUACCCUGUAGAUAUUAUAUAUAUUUCUUAACAAUCAUGGUGUAAAUGUAUUAAACUUGAGGAGUGUCAACAAGUAUGUAGUUUUCUCUCUGUACUGUUUAUAACUGUUGAGUGAUCUAAAUAUAUUAAUGUACAUCAUUUUUCAUGUUUACAAUGUGGGCGGUGUUGCAAACUAGUACCAAGAAGGUGCAAACUAGUGCAUCUCUAAGAAAAAAUAGCUCAUAGGCCAACUUCAUUUGAUUUGAAUAAAACUUUUUUGCUAUGGUAAUAAAAGCUGAAAGGGAGAUACCCUUUACAAACCCUAUACCUUUCAUCACCAUCAUUGAAAAGUACAGAAUUGUACUACAUACCCUACUUUGAGACUUACAGAGUAAACUAAUUUGUUAAUAAUUGUCUUCCAUUGUGCCAAGAAUUUAACUAUGGACACUGCAAUGUAGACAGAAAUUAAGUAAGAAUAGAUAUGGAAAUACAUAACUUGAACAUCAUGUUUGAAAAUUGUAGAAACCCUCUUGGGAUGAUGGAUAAUAGUGAAACACAUUCAUUUGUUCCUGAUCAAUAGAUCAUCCCUCAAAUUUGUGGCAGAUUUGAAACAGAUGGUAUCCAUAAACUCAUCUCAGUCAGUUUAGUAGUUGAAUACUAUGUAUGUAAAGUCUCUGGAGAACCAUAAAAUGGUAUGAGAAUGGUAAUGUUCCUUAGCAUUCAAUAUCACUAACAAAUAUCAACAAUAACGUAUGGAAGACACCACCAGUAAAAGCUAAUAUAUCAUAUCUCGAGGUUGUUUCCUAAUUCAAAAGACCACAACUGAACUGUCCAAAAAAUCAUUGCUCUUUUCCUAUUCACCACUGAUUACAAGUAAAACUUUUCAGGGUUCCUUUGUUGCUUGUUUUACUAUCACAGAAUUCAAGUAGUUCACCCAUGCUUAAAUUUACACUGAUUUAAUUGCUGCAUUAAAGAAAAGCAAG